AUGGACAUCCCUUGGGACCCAGUGCCCGAGAUCACAGAUAAUGCAGUCCACUUGGAUGACCUUCAAAUAGCAUUCAAGCGCACCGUGAGAGUGCCAGACAAUGACAACAGCUCAGCCUUGCCACCCGGCCUCGGAAACUUUCCCCUCUUUGAAGUCAGAAACUAUGCAAAAUCCUUUCCUACAAAUAUGACUGUCAAAGGGGGACUCUUUCUCCCAAUGUAUCAACGCGAGGCAUUGUGGAUAAGGCUACGCUCACAGCGUCCGUAUGCCGUGAAAAUCUUCGUAGGCGGCGUAAAUGCGGUUUCCGGUGAGCCUGCUGUGGAAUCACCCGACACCAAACGUCGACGCCGCAAUCGUGUUGCCCAGAAUAUUUCAAUCCAAGACUACGUCGUGAUACCCAAUCAGGGCUGGCUGGAUGGAAUCUGUACCGAAGCAAACCGAGUGCGGCAAUUUGUUGCUAUGCCUGUUGGGAGUGGCUACUCAGUUGAGGCUCAAGUUACCGGUCAAGAGCUCAUCGGCGGCAUCCAGUUCGAGAUCACGCCUGGUAAAUCAACCAUAUACCUGCUCCUCAACUUACGAGGCGGAAUGCAAAUAUUUGUUCGCACUUUGACUGGCAAGAAAAUAAGACUCCAAGUAGAGUCGAGCGAUACCAUAGACGACGUGAAGAGUAAGCUAGAGGACAAGGAAGGAAUUCCACCAGAUCAACAAAGGCUUGUUUUCGCUAGUAAACAGCUAGAAGAUGGCAGAACUUUGUCAUACUACCACAUUGGCCCUGGCUCCACGCUUCAUCUCGUCCUUCGGCUGAGAGGAGGCGGAUGGGACACUAAGACGACUCCGCCAGAAACAUUUCCUUCGCAAAUGAGCAUCGCAGCCGGCGGCAAAAUCACCCAACCCGUCAUCAAGGAUCCCGGAAUCUACGAGUGGCACCCGAAAUAUACCAAAGUCUUCAACGUGCAGAUCCUCAACAGCGCGGGUUUUCAAGCAGUGACCGGUCUCCCGUUGCCGGAAUCGCCCAUCAAUCCCGCACUCUACAAACGAUACGGAUAUCCGUAUUUUGGCAGGUACGAAGAACCACUCGCAGAGGUAGUAUCAGGCGACUUCUCACAAGUCAAGUCGAUUGGUCAAAUCGAUGGUGUUGCUGAGUUAUGGAGGAAUCGGGAGGAUCGCAAAGACGCGUGGUUCUUUAAUCCGAGUGGUCCUUCAUCUGACUUUCGGGCAGUGGAGGAUCUUGAAAGGCUCGUGAGAAGCGAGAUUGAGGUGGAAGGUUGAAUAACGAGUUGUGUCGCUUUUGUGAACAGCAAAAUGGAACUCGUUUACUAUGAACCUCUAACGAAGCAGUGAGAACAUACACACCCACUCAAAAAAUUCAAAUCACCUCAAACUAGGAUGCCCCCGGAGUUCCUCAAUAAGCCGAUGUCGAUCGUCCAAGUCCUGCGCUAAAUGCUCAACUAGCAGUCCCGUUCUCCUCGCCGUGUCAGGAUGUCUCUGUGAUUCACUAACCUCACCUUCUUCGCCGACAAUACUCUGUAUGUCCCGGAGGAGGCUGUCAAACUCCCUCUGCAGCCCGGUUCUAAUGUUCUCGACGGCCUCAUCGAUCACUUCCCAUUGGGCGUCUUUGACGGUUCUUUUGAGUUUGGAGAACAGGGUAGUCCCGGAUAGCUUCUGUCGCAUGUGAUCCUUUCGGCGGCGGUCGCUGCC